ACUAACAAGCGUUGCACAAUUAAUUAAUAAAUAAAAUUUUCAUCAAUUUAAAAAAUAUUAUUCACCUUCUUUCAUAUGUAUUCUAACUUCAGAAUCAUGAAACCGUCAGGGAAAUUAAGCUAUGAAAAAAUACCACCGAGAAAUUCUGUUCCUUUGAAUCAUUCAGACCUAGCCUCUGAUGCAAAAAAUAUACUCGUGUCAUACUGUCUAAUGUGGCAAUUCGAAAGUGGAGUAGUCGCCGUCAGUAAAGCACGUGGGUUUAUCUGAUGUUUAGUUACAAAUUCUCGCAUUAAACGUGUUGUUCCAACCAACAUUUUAAAAUGCCUAAUACUGCAAAGGCAAUUAUGAAUCCCGAAGAAAUCGUAACAUUAGUAGACAUUAAAAAGCCAAAAUGGGGUCGCAGACAACAUGAUGAGAAAUCGUCAAGGUUAGAAAGAAAAAUUAAAUACCCUGGAAAGGCCCCGAUUCCCAAAGAGAAGUUAGCAAAAUACAAUCGUGGACCAGGAAUUAAUUUGAAGCCUACUCGAACUGGUGUUCGCACAAAGAUCCAUAGAAUUCGUCUGAAAAAGAAAGAACGAGCUAUAAAAUACUCUACAGAACAAUCGGCUCGCAGUGAAUUGCUUCUUACGGAAGCUCCUGGUUUUUUGGAACCAGAUAUUGGGGAGACGACUACUCAGUUUACGCAAAGGCAGAUUGCAGACAAUGUUGACAUUACUAGCGCAGCCAAACACUUCAAUUUAGACUUGAAUUUUGGCCCUUACCAUCUACGAUACUCAAGGAAUGGUCGCCACUUGCUCUUAGGUGGGAAACUUGGUCAUGUUGCUGCUUUUGAUUGGAUUACUAAAAAAUUAGCUUGUGAACUGAAUGUCAUGGAAUCUGUCCAUGACGUAGCUUGGCUCCAUGUCGAAACCAUGUUCGCAGUUGCCCAGAAAGAAUGGGUCUAUAUAUAUGACCACCAGGGGAUCGAACUACAUUGCCUUAAAAAUAUGAACAGCGUUACUCGUCUGGAAUUUUUGCCGUAUCAUUUUCUACUAGCCAGUGCAUCUAAACAGGGCUACUUGACCUGGCUGGAUGUGUCAAUAGGCAAAAUAAUAUCAAAGUUCAAUACCAAACUAGGCAAUUUGUCUGUCAUGACUCAAAAUCCCAGCAAUGCGCUUUUAUGCAUCGGACAUGCGAAAGGUGUAGUAUCGAUGUGGUCACCGAAUAGUCAAGAGCCAGUUGCUAAGAUGCUGUGUCACAAACAGGCAGUCUCGGCCUGUACAAUUCAUCCCAAUGGUACCUACAUGGCAACGAGUUGCCCAGAUCGGAGUAUCAAAGUGUGGGAUGUACGCCAGUUGUCCGGGCCCUUGCACAAUUUGAUUGUAUCGUCCCCGGCUCAAGAAUUAUCGUACAGCCAGAAAGGAUUGCUGGCCGUUGCAACAGGCAACGUAGUAGAGGUUUAUAGGGACUUCCAAGAGAGUAAAAAGGCAUAUUUGCGCCACCGUAGUUCCUGGCCGGUGACAAGCCAACAGUUUUGCCCGUACGAAGAUAUAUUAGGAAUCGCAACAGCCAAAGGAUUCCAGUCCUUACUUAUUCCUGGCAGUGCUGAGGCAAACUUUGACGCCCUCGAGAAUAAUCCGUUUCAAACUAAAAAUCAAAGACGCGAGGCCGAAGUCAAAGCACUUUUGGAAAAGAUUCAGCCUGAGUUUAUUACCCUCAAUCCAUCUGCAGUUGCUGAAGUUGAUCUACCCACUAUGAAGGACAAGUUUGAAGCGAAGAAAAAACUUCUUCACCUGAAACCAAAAAAGAUUGACUUUGAACCUCGUAAAACGAAAGCCAAAGGAAAGGGGGGAACUGCAAAAAUAAUCAAGACGAAAAAGAUAUUGAACGAUCUGAGUCGCAGGGAAACCGUCAAGCUGAUGCAGGAAGAUCAAUCACCCCGAAAUACGGAGAAAAAAUCGUUACAAGGAAGAACCGGUGGUGUUCUGGAUAGAUUUUUGCCCAAAACGAAAUAAUAAAUACUUACAUAGGCAAUCUGUAAACCUCUAAUAAACCUAUCUUUCUAUUAAA